CACGGAGGCGAGACACGCGCAGCUAUAGCAGCGUCAGCAAGCCGAGCCGGCCGGCCUCCCAACCUGUAUUCUAUUCGGAACCUUCUUCUCCAAUCUCCACCUCCCCGUCUCCAAAUUCCAAUCUCGCCGCGUCGGAGCGCCGCCGCCGCCCCGAUCUCGGUGCCCGACGCGAUGCGCCCGUCCGCGGGGAACGAGAGGCCGCCGGGGCGGCCCGUGUCCGGCUUCGUGCCCGGUUUCGCCGCCGGGGCCCCUCCGCCGGCAGCGGGGGCCUCGCCGUACGGGGCCGCUGCUCCGCUCGGGCGCCCCGGUGGUCCGGCGGGCUCCUUCGCUCCGCCGACGCAGCAGCAGGGUCCGCCGGUCGCGCAGGCGGCUGCUUCCCCUCGGGGGCCGCUCGGGGCUCCGCCGCCCGCGGCAAUGGGUGGGUACAGGGGUCCACCGCCGCCACAGGGUUCCUUCGGCGCUGGGCCGCCACCUCCAGGGCCGUUCAGCGCAGCACCGCCGCCUCAGGGCCCCUUCGGCAUGGCACCACCGGCUCAGGCCCCCUUCGGCGCCGCACCUCCUCCUUCCCAGGGACCCAUGGGCGGCGCACCUCCACCCCAGAGACCCUUCGGCGCAGCACCUCGACCCCAGGUACCCUUCGGAGCCGCGCCUCCAUCUCAGGGACCCUUUGGCGCCGCACCACCGUCUCAAGGCCCUUUUGGCGCAGCACCUCCACCUUUUCGCCCUCCACCGUCAGCUCUCCCGCAGCCGCAGUCUCCCACAGGGAAUGCUAUGCCACCGCCAACUUAUGUGAGGCCGCCGCCAGUACAAUCGCAGCCCCAGCCUGUGCAAGGGUACUACUCUGGCGGCCCUAACCCACAGUUUCCGCCGGUCCGGCCAUCGUUUCAACAGCCAAUGCAGAACAUGCCACCGCCUACCAUGGGGCCACCUUCCUCGUACAGUAACCAGCCAGCAUACCCAACUACAGGGCCUCCGAUGGGCACGCUCCAGAGCUUAGUGGAGGACUUCCAGUCUCUGUCAGUGAGUUCUGCACCUGGAUCGCUUGACCCAGGUGUUGAUGUAAAUGGGCUACCACGUCCGCUAUAUGGCGAUGAGGAGCCAGCUAAGGUUUUGGAGGCAUUCCCAUUGAAUUGCCACCCGAGGUACUUCCGGCUGACAACCCACACUAUUCCGGCAUCCCAGUCAUUGGUCUCCAGGUGGCAUUUGCCCCUUGGUGCCGUGGUACAUCCUCUCGCAGAAGCACCUGAUGGGGAGGAAGUGCCAGUUGUCAACUUUGGGUCGGCUGGUGUAAUCCGCUGUCGAAGAUGCAGGACAUAUAUAAAUCCUUAUGCAACAUUUGCAGAUGCUGGAAGGAAGUGGCGCUGCAAUCUUUGCACACUGCUCAAUGAUGUUCCUGGCGAGUACUUUUGUGCUCUUGAUGCUAGUGGACGAAGAUUUGAUGCAGAUCAAAGACCAGAACUUUCUAAGGGAACAGUGGAGUUUGUUGCUCCUACUGAAUAUAUGGUUCGGCCACCAAUGCCGCCUUCGUAUUUCUUUCUUAUUGAUGUCUCAGUAUCUGCAGUUCGAAGUGGGCUGCUCGAGGUAGUUGCGAAGACCAUCAAAUCAUGCCUUGAUGAUCUUCUAGGCAAUCCACGAACACAAAUUGGAUUCUUAACCUUCGACAGCACAUUGCACUUCCACAAUUUCAAGUCUUCUUUGAGUCAGCCUCAAAUGAUGGUGGUUGCCGAUUUGGACGAUGUUUUCCUGCCAUUGCCUGAUGAUCUCUUGGUUAAUUUGGUCGAUUCUAGACCUGUUGUCGAGUCCUUUCUCGAUAACUUGCCCAAUAUGUUUCAGGACAAUGUAAAUGUAGAAUCUGCUCUUGGUCCUGCACUUAAAGCAGCAUUCAUGGUUAUGGGUCAAAUUGGGGGAAAGUUGCUUGUCUUCCAGAGUACAUUGCCAUCUCUUGGUAUUGGCCGUUUGAGACUUCGUGGAGAUGAUGUCCGUGCAUAUGGAACAGACAAGGAGCAUAUUCUGAGGAUACCAGAAGAUCCCUUCUAUAAACAGAUGGCUGCUGAGUUCACGAAAAAUCAGAUCGCCGUGGACAUAUUUUCUUUGAGUGACAAGUAUUGUGAUAUAGCUUCCUUAGGUUCUCUGGCGAAAUAUACUGGUGGUCAGGUGUACCAUUAUCCAUCCUUCCAGGCAACUACUCACGGGGAGAAACUUAAACAUGAGCUUAGCAGAGACCUUACUCGGGAGACUGCUUGGGAAUCUGUAAUGCGUAUCAGAUGUGGAAAAGGGGUGCGUUUCACAACAUAUCAUGGUCAUUUCAUGCUAAGGUCCACAGAUUUGUUAGCUCUUCCAGCUGUUGACUCUGAUAAAGCCUUUGCGAUGCAAUUGUCUCUAGAGGAGACCCUAAUGACCACGCAGACUGUUUACUUCCAAGUGGCGUUGCUAUAUACAUCAUCUUCUGGUGAACGACGUAUCAGGGUGCAUACGGCAGCUGCACCUGUGGUCACAGAUCUUGGUGAAAUGUAUCGUCAAGCAGAUACUGGUGCCAUUGUGUCGGUGUUGGCUAGAAUCGCUGUUGAAAACUCACUGUCUGAUAAGCUGGACAGUGUUCGACAACAAUUACAGUUAAAGCUUGUGAAAAGUUUAAAGGAAUACCGGAACCUAUAUGUUGUACAACAUCGGAUAGGAGGGAGACUGAUAUAUCCAGAAUCAUUAAGAUACUUGCCGUUAUACAUCCUGGCCCUAUGCAAAUCCCUUGCUCUGCGUGGUGGUUAUGCUGACGUCUCUCUUGAUGAACGUUGCGCUGCUGGUUUCAGUAUGAUGAUACUGCCUGCAAGAAGGCUGCUCAAUUUUAUUUAUCCAUCUCUGUACAGGCUUGAUGAAGUAUUGACAGUGGAACCAGAUAUGAUUGAUGGGGCCCUGAAGCGGUUGCCAUUAACCUUGCAGUGCCUAGACACUGCCGGUUUAUAUCUUCUUGAUGAUGGCUUCACCUUCCUAGUAUGGUUGGGUAGGAUGCUCCAACCUGAGCUCAUGAACGACAUUCUUGGAGUCAGCCUCUCAAACUUCCCUGAUCUAUCAAAGAUUCAGUUGAGAGAAUGUGACAACAAUCACUCGAGAAACUUCAUGGCAGUACAAAGAGCCCUGAGGGAGAGGGAUUCUUCGUGUUACCAGCUGCCCCGUGUGGUACGGCAAGGCGAGCAGCCAAGAGAAGGCUUCCUACUUCUGUCCAACCUCGUCGAGGAUCAGAUGGCAGGAACAAGCAGUUACAUGGACUGGAUACUCCAAAUUCACCGCCAAACACAGAGCUCGUGAUGAUGUAUGGUGGAUGUUCCAGAAAUUUUUGUUUUUGUGUAAACUGCUGCAGAUUCGGUUGCUGUGCCAGUCCCCGGUCGCCCUCUUAAACCAUUGGAAAAAAAUGGCGAGCCAGCCGUGCUCUACCAUAUGCCAUCCUGUUAGCAGCAGUGCUCUCGCUGUCAGCGAGCAAUACAAACUUUAUUGUUAAUAUAUUUCGUUCUUGUGAUUAUUUUUCGUGACGAGAAAAGGAUACAGCUGUUGUAUCAGAAUAAGUAGGCAGCACCUUUGGUAAAUUGUACAAUCGUUUGGAGUCUUUGGUAGGGGUUUGUACGCAUUUGUAUUGUCGACACUUUUUAGUUGCAAAGAUUGUGUAAACUCUUGUUUGACUGUUGGUACUGAUCUGGCUGCAAUAGGAAGCACCUUUUUACUCA